AUGCAUAACACAGCGCACCGCGACGGCGGCGACGCUGUCGAGCUGCACGCCGCCAAGACGCCUGACGCGGAGAUGGCGCUGAUUGUGAAGCUGAUCCGGUCGCUUCACACCGACGGCGCGCCGUUCGACCAUACAGAUAUCGCAAUCCUCUUCCGCACCAACGCGCCCGCCCGAUCGCUCGAGGAGUACCUGCAGAAAGCGACGAUCUAUGUCUAUCCGGCUGCAGCUUACUUGCUGCGACCCCAUCGGUAA